GCCGACCAUUGUUACCUCGCCCAUUCUAACGACUCAUCAAAGAUCCAACAUGUGACCUCCUAACUGCCAUAUCACUGUACGGAUCCAGCCUUCCCUGACAGAUUUUCUGUACCUCUCGGUAGUCUUUUUUUCCCAAUCACUUUGUUCUUUCUUUCCCUAUCCUGUGAUGCUGCAUUUCAUUCCCUACCCAACCACAGGCAGUUUCUCUCACCUGAAAUCAAACAUCACACAAGAAUACACAUCAAACUGCAGAAAAGGCCCCUGCAGUCUCAGGUUUGCCUUGUGGUUACCAGGCUCUAGUGGUAAAGCAGGAAAGAGACCAUGGGCAAGAAGUCUCCGAAGAAAGACAGAUUCGUGGUCUCCAAGGCUGAGGCGGCUGCCAUUCUAGGCAAGCACCUCGGCAAUGUUGGCAGCGGUCAGGAUGCCUCUACACCUUCGAUUGAGGUCAAACGUCUGCGCAAGCGCGAGCGCAUGGAGCUCAAUCGUGAGACGACCGAGCUUGUCGAAUCGCGGAAUGCGCUGGCCUCGGAACUGGCCAACUGGGCCGACCGUUCUGCUUUCACCCCCCCUUCCCUCAUGAGCCAGUCUGCCGAGCUUCAUCUCCGUGAGAUGCGGCACCUGCAGAAGCUGACGAAGAAGCUGGGCGAGGCCGAAUUGUUCUACCGCAUUCAUCCUGGCAGCAAGGAAAAUAACGCCUGGGACUUCAUUCGUAAUCUGGCUGCCCAGUUCAGAACCCAUCUGGGACCCCGUUUAGGUGACGGCCUUAGCCAUGAUGAGAAGACCACCUGCACUUCUGGUCCGGAAUCCGAUCUCGAUGACCUGGGUAUCAACGAGGCUGGCUUGGCCGAGAAUGAUGGUCAGACUCCCAUCAAGAAUCAAGACGCGAAACGGAAGCGAAUGAAUGACUCUGAGGUCCCAUCUAAGAAGUCGAAGCUGGUAUCGAAUGCGUCGGCGUCGACUCCUGAAAUGGACGAGCAUCCCAGCGCUCAUGUACAGAGCGAGAUCUCCAGCCCCAUGACCACCGAGCCUUCCAUCCCCCAAGAUAUCGACAGUUCCAAUCUCGGAGCUGGUGCCGCCGGCAACUCCGAGAUUGAAGACGCCGGAGAUGGCUCUCACGAGGAGCAGAAGGCGACGAAAAAGAAGAAGAAGAAACAUGGCAAGAAGGAGCGAAAGGCCCGCAAGAAAAAAUCCAAGAAAAAGAAGGCCACAGCGAUUCUCAAUACCGCUGGUGGUUCCCGGGAAGUUGGCUCAGAUGUCGAGAUGAAAGGCGCUGAUAAUGAUCAUCGCGACGGAGAUCAAGAAAAUGAUAAGAUGGCCAAGGGCCAGGGUGAUAAUGAACAGCUGAAGAGCGGACACGAGGAGUCCAGGACCGAGAACGGCAGCACCGCUUCUUCAGUGGGCUUCCAACGAAAGUCUAUGACAGCUAUUCCUGUUCCCGACUACGGAAGAAGCUCCCCAUUCACCGCCUCCACUCCUGUUAAGCUUCCCCCUUGGAUCAAGGACCCCAGCGCCUUCAGCGGUGGUAAUCGACGUUGGGAUCCAUACCCCCGGCCCUACCACGCCCCUCUCUUCUCGAGCAAGGUACGCGGCCGGCAAGCCGAGACGAUUAUAGAACCCAGCACUCCUUCCGGUUCUCCGACGCGAAACGAGGAUAAACAUGUGGCCAAAACCGGCGGCAAGAGCUCCGUGACCAUGGCCAUCGGGCCCAUCGACGAUCUGCACAUUGACAACGGGGAGAUGACGUCUCCCAUCGAAACGCACGUCAAGAACAGGAAGAAGGGCGGCCGCCCCAAGGGAAGCAAGGCCAAUGGCAAGGACGCGGGUAUGAGCACCCCGCAAGGCGCAUAUGCGACCGCCGAAGGUCUCGUCCGGCCCCUGACGCCUUCGACCCGCGUCAUCGAUAAAUUUGCCAUCGACAGCCAGGAUGCGGAGCGCAAGCGGGCUAAGCUGCAGGGUUUGCUCCGCCGCGACUACGAGGUGCUCUCGCAGGAGAGGAAGGAGUGGUUUCGUGCCAUGAACCUCGAUAUCCGUUAAAUGGGUAAGUUUUCUGGGAAAAGAAGAAGACAAGAGAAGAAAAAAAGGGAAAAAAAAGGGGGGACGGGAGAUUGGAUGGGACGUUCUAGUCUUGUGCCAAAGACUGCAAAAGACAGCCCCCACAAGGAGAUAUGAUAUGGUCUUUUCUUCUGUCUUUGGUAUGGCAUGGCCGGUUCCUGCGAGG